UUCAUUAACAUGGAAACAUUUUCCUAUCUAUCAAAAUUGAUUUGUCUGAAAUGAAGAACCAAACUGGAAUUAAAAUGUUCUGAAAUUAGCAUGAAAUGAUAUCUUGCUAUAAAAUUUAUGAGUUAAUAUUAUAGGAUUAUUGUUCAACGAAUAUUCCAAACAAAUUCUAGUGAAUAAUACUGUGAAAGAUGAAUCCAAACAAAAAUAAUGAAGAAUUGGUAGAUCCGAAAGAUGUAUCUAAACCUUCUUUCACAAAGUGGUUAACCGAGAUUACAUCAUCCUUGGAAAAAAAUCAUAUUAUGCCCACAAAACAUCGUGUAUUUUGUUUCACAGAUAAAAAGCCUGAAAUUCCCUUUAUUUCUACCGACAUUCCUUCAAGGCUAACAACAGAUACAAAUGUCCAACAUUUGGGUGAGAAUGAUAAAAGAAGAUAUGAUUCGACAAAAUAUGGUAAAAGAUCUAUUGUAACACAGAUGUAUUUUGAAAAUACUUCAAGAAAUAUUUCGCUCACGAGCUCAGACUACUUAGUCCCAAGGUUUGAGGGUAUAGAUUUCAAUGAAUUGAAAACCAAAGAUUCACAUCAGAUAGCAUUGGAGAAUUCUUGGAAACGCCUGAAUGAUAUUCAAUUCGAUAAAAAGAGUGGUAAGGAUCGAAAAUCUAGUCAAGCUUUUGGCCAAAUUAUGGCUGAGGUACCUGAGAGAACCUUCAUUAUGGUCAAGCCUGAUGGCGUCCAAAGAGGUCUCGUAGGAAAAAUCAUAAAAAGAUUCGAAGCGAAAGGAUUCAAAUUGGUAGCUUUAAAAUUCGUGUGGCCAAGUGAAGAUUUGCUGAGGAAGCACUACGCCGAUUUGUCAACGAAACCCUUCUUCCCCUCUUUGAUUAAUUAUAUGAGCAGUGGGCCUGUUGUACCUAUGGUAUGGGAGGGUUUGAAUGUAGUGAAAACUGGAAGAGUACUUCUUGGUGCGACUAACCCUGCCGACAGUGCUCCAGGAACUAUAAGAGGAGACCUUUGCAUUCAAACUGGUAGGAACAUAAUUCAUGGAUCAGAUGCCGUUGAAUCAGCUAAAAAAGAAAUCGACUUGUGGUUCACUGAAAAAGAAGUGAUUGAUUGGAAACCAGCUGCAGAAUCUUGGGUAUAUGAAAAUUAAUUGAAUAAUUUAAUUUAUGUAUAUUCAGGAGAACUGAUUUUAAUGAAAUACUCUAA